AUGGCUGACGCUCCCCGUGGACGUGGAGGAUUUGGCUCUCGCGGCGGUGACCGUGGCCGUGGCCGUGGUCGUCGUGGCCGUCGCGGCGCAAAGGAGCAGGAGAAGGAAUGGCAGCCCGUCACCAAGCUUGGUCGUCUCGUCAAGGCCGGCAAGAUCACCAGCAUCGAGCAGAUCUACCUGCACUCCUUGCCCAUCAAGGAGUACCAGAUUGUCGACUUCUUCCUGCCCAAGCUCAAGGAUGAGGUCAUGAAGAUCAAGCCCGUCCAGAAGCAGACCCGUGCCGGUCAGCGUACCCGCUUCAAGGCCGUUGUCGUUAUUGGUGACUCUGAGGGCCACGUUGGUCUUGGUAUCAAGACCUCAAAGGAAGUUGCUACUGCCAUCCGUGCCGCCAUUAUCAUCGCCAAGCUCAGCGUUCUCCCCGUCCGCAGAGGCUACUGGGGUACCAACCUCGGUGAGCCUCACUCUCUGCCCGUCAAGCAGAGUGGAAAGUGCGGUUCCGUCACAGUCAGGCUUAUUCCCGCCCCCCGUGGUACCGGUCUCGUUGCCUCUCCUGCUGUUAAGCGUCUCCUCCAGCUCGCCGGUGUUGAGGACGCAUACACCUCCUCUUCCGGUUCCACCAAGACCCUCGAGAACACUCUCAAGGCCACCUUCAUUGCCGUCGGCAACGCCUACGGUUUCCUCACACCCAACCUCUGGAAGGAGACUAAGCUCAUCCGCAGCCCUCUGGAGGAGUUCGGUGAUGUUCUGCGCCAAGGAAAGAAGUACUAG